AUGGAUCGUUCUGCAAUUACAUUGAUUUUACACGAACUUAAAUUAAAUGAAAAUUCUGUGGUCAAUAUUUACAACCAUGGUUCAUGGGUAUAUGGUACUAAUUCACCUACAUCCGAUCGAGAUAUUAUUAUUGUCACACGGUCACCUUCGCAAAAUCCACUAAAAUUUUAUGAUGAUUUUGAUUACUUUCAUCCAUUUGAAUUACAUAAACUAUGGAAUCAAUAUGAUGUUUGUGUAUAUUCAAUUGAAAAUUUCGAAAAACUUUUAGAAAAAAACUACUUAAUUAUUGUUCAAUGUAUAUUUUUACCUGAUGAAUUUAAAAUCAAAGAAGAAAUUGAUUUUCGUUCAGUUUAUCUUGAAAAAUAUUAUAAUAAAUUUCGAUUAAAACAAGUCGCAUUUUAUGAAAUGAAUCGAGAUAUUAAUUUGUAUGAAUCUAAUAAUUUUUCAAAUUAUCCGAAACGUAGUUCAAGAGCACUUGAAACAAAACAAUUGCGCAACGAUUAUCUAUUUAAAAAUUUAUUUCAUGGUCUUCGAUACUUAGACUUCACCGAACAGUUGAUUCAAACACGUUCAAUUCAUGACUUUAAACGUAUAUCACAUAUAUUCAGCGAAAUGAAAGAUAUACGCAGAAAUUCAACAGAUAGGUCAAGUAUGCAAGAGGUAUUUGAUUUUGUUUGUAUAAAAAGUGCUGAAUUAAAAUCAAAAUUAGAUGCACUUGUACCAACAAAUAUUAUUCAAGGAUCAUUUCAAGCACAAAUUACAUUCGAUUGUUCAAAUAAUACGGAAGAAAUUAUGAAAAAACUUCAAAAACAAUGUGAAAAUACGAAAUAUAAAAUUCUAGUGAUUGAUUUCGAAGCAAAAGAAGAAAAUGAUAAAGUUCAACAAUUAAUGAUAUCAUCAUAUUAUUGUGGUGAAUAUCCAUCGAUUGUUAAACAAAUUGAAGAAGUAUAUCAACAGUUUCAAAAUUUUAAUAUUAUACGUAUUAAAAUUGCAUCCUUAACAUCCAAUGAGAGUAUUCCAGUAACAGAUAUUGAUAAAAAAUUAUUUUGGAAUAAAGAAACAAAUUAUUUUGAAUUUCAUUAUAAAGUUUUGGUCAGAGAAGAUGUUGAAGAACAAAACUUAACAAAGCUUCGAAAUAUAUGUCAAUCAAAUAAUCCAUGUCAUUUACAUGUAUCAUAUAAUACAUUAAAACAACCGAACGAAAAAAAUUUUCAUUAUAUGGUAACAAUGCGUUUAUUUGAUGUUGGUCGAGAAAGCGCAUUUCAAAACAAUGAUGAAGUGAUACAAUAUUUGACAAAAAACAAUUUUCCACCAUUAAAAGUCGUUCGUGAAUUUAUUGUUUAUGAUACACAUAUUGAACUUGAUAAUGCAUGGAAAUAG